AUGGGCACAGGAAAGAAGAAGAUACAGAUCGAGAAAAUAACAAAGGAAACGUCGAGAAUGGUUACAUUCUCUAAAAGACGCAAAGGACUUUUCAAAAAAGCUGGAGAACUUGAAUCCAUGACCGGAUCUCGUGUUGCGGCGGUGGUUUUUUCUCCCACCGGAAGGCCGUACACUUGCGGCAAUGUUAGUUAUGCAAUAGAGAGGCAUUUUUCAAGUUUUUCAGAGCCAUCAUCAUCUGGGCUGAAUUCUCAUCAUUCUAAUUCUGAUGAUGUUUCUGCCAGUUCCUCGGGGUCGAGAUCAUCCCCGUCCCCGAGGAAUAGCCUCCGGGAUUGGUUGGAGGAUAUUGAUGUUGAAGAAUGUCAGAACUUGAAUCAACUAUUGAUGUUGAAGGAGCAGUUGGAAGGAACAAGAGAGAAGCUUGUUUCAAAAGAUUCCGAGUGUUUUCAGGCUUUGUUUAUGCGAGUUCGAGGGCAUUCUAGUUCGGGGGCUGAAUUGCGUUUCAACACUGUGCCUCAGGCUGGCCUUGAGGGAGUACCAAUUGUAGAUCUCGUCGAUGUCAGUUCACAUGUUGCCCUAAAUGCAAAUCUGGGCGUUGAUCCCGAAGGUAGCAUAUGCAGGGAAGUUCGAUCAGAUGGUCGAGGUACGCAUGGUAGAGAAGACGGUGGAGUUAGCCUCCAGUUGAUAUUUGAAAUGCUACAGGCUCAAUAA